AUGGGGCUGAACGCAUCGGUAUCGCCGCGGCGACACAGACGGGAAGUAUCCACUUCUCCAGCUCCAAAUCAGGAGGUGCGACGGCAGAAGUUGAACGAGUUCAACAGCAUGCAAGAUGCCGUCGAUUUGUUGAAGGAGUCAGAAGACAUCGUCAUUCUUAGUGGCGCUGGUAUCUCUACUUCUGUCGGCAUUCCAGACUUUAGAUCUCAGCAAGGACUGUAUAACCUCAUUCAAGAUAAACGCUUCAGUGAUCCUCAGCAAUUGUUCUAUCGAGAUAUGUUCGAACAGUAUCCAAAGGAAUUCUGGCGCGAUGUGCGGCCCAUCAUUCCUAAACUACGUCAAGGCGCCCUCCUCAAUGAAGAUGGAUCGAAUGCCAGGAGUUUGAUCAAUGCUGUUCCCCCUUACUCGGCGGUGCAUUCUUUCCUGGAGCUCUUACAGACAAAGGACAAAUUACUCACAAACUUCACGCAAAACAUUGAUGCUCUGGAGCUCGAUGCGGGCGUCGACAUUGAGAAGAUUGUUGCCUGCCAUGGAACAUGGGAAACGGCCACCUGCUUGUCAUGCGCGGGAAAAGUAGCAGCGCAAAGCUAUCUACCUGUGGUACUCGCUGGAAAGCUACCGCUCUGUGUAUGUGGCAAGCCAGAUCCUGUGGACCCAAACGCUCGUCAGUCGUCCCGCCUCAAGAAGGGGCCCAAGUUUGAGGAGGCCGAUAUCGAAUAUGUGGAGACAUUCGGAGGAGAAGUUCCAGAUAGUUCUCGACACGGCCGACACAAGCGGCGUCGCAUCGAAUCCGAGCUUGCGAACCUGCUUGCCCGUGACAGCGAUGAUGACGAGAAGUCAGACGCCCCUUCCCGGCCAGGCCUUCUCAAGCCUGAUAUCACUUUCUUCGGAGAGUCAGUGGCUGAGAACUACUACCCCACCUUAGACGCCAUAAGGGAUGAGGUAGAUCUCCUCAUCAUCGUAGGCACAUCGCUCGCUGCGCAGCCUGUUAGCGAGCUACCUCUAUCGCUGCCUCGAGACGUGCCGCAGAUCUGGAUCUCCAACGAACGCUGUACUAACAAAGUCAAAAGACUGCAGGUAGAUAUUGAGCUCAUUGGAGAUGCUGAUAGUAUCGUCCGUGAACUUUGUGCUCGUGCUGGCUGGGGUAAUGCGCUUGCAAACCGGAUCUGGAAGAACCACUUGGGCUCUACGAGGCAGGCCAAGGCGGCUGUCGCGAAGGCCAAGGAAGAGAGAGUAAAAGCCACAAAGCCCGCGGCAACCGCUGUCAGUGCAGAGGGAAACAUGGUCGACAUAACCACACUAGCCGAGAAACAGCUUAAGCAGGAACAACCCGAACAUGUUGUACGCGGUAAAGUUCCGGGCGAUAAAGAACACAGGCGCGGCGAUAUCACCACAGCUUCAACGCAGGACAACGCUAAGGAUCAAGAGGCAAUGUUGGACAUGCCAGCAACCCCUCAUGCGCUUGCGAUAAGCGAUACGAGCCCACAGUCCAUUCAAAUCCAUCCUUCUGCACCGGUUGCAGUCGGCAUACCGACCGUGCAGGUCGAACGACCGCCCCUGUCACCACCACUCGCCUUCCGAGGUAACGCGAAACGUCCACUCAGCCUGGCAGGGACACUCAGUACAAGCACUGCUUCACUCGAGGGUAGUGGCAACAGCAACGGCCAUACCGUAAAGAAGCCCAGGGCGGGAAGCCCCAAUCCCGCCAAGGUGAGACCUGUAAAACCUGCUACUUCAGUCAGCUCGGGCAGAGGGAUGGCAGAUCCAAGCUUGAGGAUCUUCCAGGAUGAGGCGUUUGAGUGGGUCACGUAUUUUAAGAAACCGAAGGUCUGA